AGUAUUCAUUUGUAAACACUGUGUACCGUGUACUGUCUCCUUGGGACAAUAUUCGUUUCGUUUUAUUUUUAAUUCAAUUAGAACAAUAAAACGUUGCUAGAAAAAUGCUAAUACAACGGUGUAAAUAUUUUUAAAAACUAGAGAUAAAUUGUUGCUGUUACAUGGAUUUUUAGUGACAAAGACUAACUUAUGUUAGUUACAAUUGAUUGUGGAGUAUAAACAUUGUGACAAAAGUCGGCGAUAAUAAAUUAGAUCGAGGCAAACGAGCAAGCGGCCACCUGAAUCCGCCGAAACGGUGAAGCGACCGCAGCCCAUAGACAUCCGCAAUAGCAGGACCCAGAGCAGAUCCAACAUGGUGUCAAUAGCAGUGAAGAGUGGCUUCCUGAUGGGCUUCGGCGCAGUGUUCGUGGUGGUGGGAGCCGUCAUGGUGGUCUACUGGCCCACGAUAUUUUUCGCACAAUUACAAAAGAUGAUGAUGCUAACAAAGACGUCAACUUCGUUCUCAAUAUGGCGAGAGGUGCCCAUACCGAUGUAUUUGGAAUGCUAUAUGUUUAACAUUACAAACGUGGAUGAAAUUCUCGCCGGUAAGAAUGUCACGCUGAAAGUCGAGCAGCUGGGACCUUACGUGUUUAGAGAACAACAUACUAAGGAAGACAUAACAUGGAACGACAACAAUACGGUGACGUUUUACAACCGGCGCGUGUGGCACUUCCAGCCAGACAUGUCCAAUGGCAGCGUGUCUGACAACAUCACCAGUAUCAAUCCCAUUAUUGUGACUGUGGGUCACAUAAUGCGCAACGAGCCGCUGUUCAUGCGUGUAGCAGUCAACGUGUUCAUGGGUAUGAACCACAAGAACCUCUUCCUCACCGCCAACGUGUCGUCCUGGCUGUUCGACGGCAUCACGGAUCCUCUGUUCGACAUCGCCGCUCACUUCCCUGACCUGCCCUUCGAAAUACCUUUCGAUAGAUUUGGAUGGUUUUAUUCGCGUAACGAGUCUAAGGAAUACGAUGGUGUGUUCGUAAUGAACACGGGUACCGCGGACUUCUCACAGCUGGGCAACGUAGAGAUGUGGCGGCAUUCGAAUCGCACCAUGUAUCGAGACCAUUGCGGCGAAGUGCGCGGCUCCACUGGCGAGUUGUGGGCGCCUGAGCUCGGCCAGGAAGAGCUCGUCGUCUUUUCCUCUGAUCUCUGCACAUAUUUAAUCUUAUCAAAGUCGGGACCACUCACAGUGGAAGGAAUAGAAGGAAUGCAGUACUCAACAAACGACUCCACAUUUGACAAUGGACACAAAUACCCAAGCAUGGCGUGUUACUGUGACGAGGUGAGGGACGAGAACUGCCUGCCGGCGGGCGCGCUGAACGUGUCCGCGUGCCGGUUCGGUUCCCCCGCCUUCGUCACUUUGCCGCACUUCCUCGGUGUCGACUCUCACUACGCGGACAAGAUCGACGGACUCGAGCCUAACGACGAGUACAAGUUCCGUCUGGCGCUGGAGAUGUACACAGGCAUGCCGCUGCAGGUGUUCGCGCAGCUGCAGAUCAACAUGCUGGUGCGCUACGUGCCCGGCAUCUCGUUGAACAACCAGCUACCAGAUGGUGACACGUUGGUGCCGAUGUUCUGGUUCCGACAAGAAGUGCGCAUCAGUGACGACUACGCGCGGCUCGCUCGCUUCGCGCUCAACCUGCGCGACGGCAUGCCCUAUGGCUUCUACGCGCUCACGGCAAUCGGCAUUCUCUUACUGAUAGUGGGUAUUGCGUACUUAAUGAGGAAACUACUGAAAUCACCAGAGACUGCGCCCAUACUCAACGAAACUAACAAUCCUGAGGAAACCCGCUGACAAUAUCCUAUAAAAGCAAAUUUGACUUGGCACGUCGGUUACAAGAAAAAUCUUCUGCCUGACGUGCCGACUUAAAUACUACACUUUUUAGCUAUAAAUUGUGACUAAAUCAAUAUUACUAUUUGACGUAUUUUGCCGUGGAUUUUCAUUGCAGUGAUAUUGACAAUGUUUUAUUGCACUGGAAAUCCACAGUGGAAAUUAUUUAGUGAAUUUAUUUUUGACUUAAUUUUU